AUGUCAGAAGAACUUACGAUGCCUCAGGUCGUGGACGACCUGACUGGCCAACAGGAUUAUCGUAGAACAUUCAAAGACAUUGCGGCAGGCACAGCAGGAGGAAUCGCUCAAGUCUUGGUUGGCCAGCCAUUUGAUAUCACCAAAGUUCGCUUACAGACUUCAUCUACCCCUACUACUGCUGUUAAGGUGAUUCAAAACUUAGUGAGAAACGAGGGUCCAAAAGCGUUUUACAAAGGCACAACAACACCACUUAUUGGCGUUGGGGCAUGCGUCUCAUGCCAAUUCGGUGUCAAUGAGGCGAUGAAAAGGUAUUUUCACAGAAAGAACAAUUACUCCAGCUCUACGCUGAAACUUCCAGAAUAUUAUGCUUGUGGGUUCAUUAGUGGGAGCGCUAAUGGGUUUUUAACCGCGCCUAUCGAACAUGUCAGAAUUCGUCUACAGCUUCAAACCACGUCCCUCACGCGAGCCGAAUACAGUGGCGCAGUCGAUUGCAUAAAAAAACUAGUAGCCUCCGGAAAACUAAUGCGCGGUCUCACUCCUACACUUCUUAGGACAUCGCACGGAUUUGGUGUUUAUUUUUUAACGUACGAGGCUCUACUGAUAUCGGAGGCCAAGAGGGGUAUCGCAAGAGGUGAUAUUCAUCCAUGGAAACUGUGUAUGUAUGGCGCCUUUUCAGGUGCCCUCUUAUGGAUGACGGUAUAUCCUCUCGAUGUGAUAAAGUCUGUGAUGCAGUCGGAUAACCUUCGCCAGCCCGUUCAUGGGAGUAACCUGGUACAAGUGGCCAAAUAUAUUUACCGCGAAAGGGGGCUCAAGGCUUUCUUCAAUGGCUUUGGUCCAACCAUGAUAAGAUCUCUUCCCGUUAAUGGGGCGACAUUUACUACUUUUGAACUUGCAAUGAGACUAAUGGGUUGA